AUGGCUGGUUCGAUGGAGCGGUGGACGUACAUGGUACAUGGAUUCGGAAGUCACGUUCAAAUGAAGGCGGUGGAAUUUGUGGACAAGCUCGAGUGCUCGCAGUUGUGCAGCUGGUGCGGCAUAUUGGACGAACACCUGCGGGAGAGCUGCGCCCUGUACUCGACGGUGUGUCAUAAGUGCGGAGACACGCUUGCCCACAAGGACAUGCGGAAUCAUCAUCCCACGUGCGCUGGCAGACGGGGAGUGUUUCUUCGCUCCUCGUACGCUCGUUCCGCGCUUGACAACUUGAGCGCCGCGUGCGAGAAGUUCGAGACGGCUGUGGCAUCGGCUGGACCGGAAGAGGGCGCCAAGCUACGGGACAUGGUCACUAUGAUAGUGUCCUACAUAUGCUACCUGAGCAAUGUGGUCACGCAAACUGUGUUGAGCAAAGUGUGUUGCGGUCUUGGACCCGAGCUAAUGCUGAUGCAGAACGCAUCUCUAUUCAGCGUGGUCUGUGGGGCCCUUGCCGGCGGAUGGAACUACGCCAGAACAGCUAGGGCCAAUUACAUUCGCAAGAACCAAGGAAGCACUUUUCUCAACCCUAAACAAGCAAUGCGGGAGCUCCAAGAUACAAUGUUUUUACAAUUUCUCAGAGGUGCCUGGAAACUUGGCUGGAGGAUGACGGCCUUUUCAGCGAUCUACAUGACCGUUGCUGUGGCAGGAUUUACGUACAGAAAUAAGUUUGGCAUCGCCGAGAAUGUUGCCGCAGGCGCACUCUCGGGCUUCUUCUUCAAACUCAACAUGGGCGUUCGUGGCUCACUCGUUGGCGCUGGGCUUGGGAGCUUACUUGGACUUGCGUCAGGAUCAGCACUGACAGUAGGCACCAAGGCAUUGGGGGUGACGGUGAAGGAAUUUAGGUACUGGCAGCAUGACUACUGGAUGCAGGAGUACAGUGAAAAGAAGGCCUUGUGGCUAAAGGAGAAAGCGGAGAGAGAUUCGAAGUCAUCAUAACGUCAGUGCGGAAAGCUUCAAUCUGAAGACCUUGUAUAGCUGUUUAGCUGAAACCAUGUAUUAAAUGCGUUUGGCAAUGCAUA